UAUGCCAGUCCUAAAUCUUAUAAUCGAUACUUGUUACCAAUACAUUUCAUAAAUAAACUACACGUUGUUUAGUACAUAUAGACAAAAGUUUAGUUCGUAUCUACAAUGGCUCAUCUUUGUAAACUUUUAUUAGGUUUUUUACUUAUACAUGUCGUAGCUGCUGGUCAGUCUCAGGAAGAGUUGUGUGCAACAGUAACUAAAAUUAAUUGUAACUUACAAUAUUCAGCCGAGCCAAACGAGAUUGUAUGUGGAAAUGAUGGGAAAACCUACUCAAACAGGUGUCUUUACGCGCAGGCUAAAUGUCACAAUAAUGGACUUGAAAUUAAAUGCAAAGGUCAUUGUUCACAAUGUAUGAUUGGUUUCAAAGCAAAUACAAAACCGAGCAGCGUAUCAACAAACACACCAGGAAGACUUAUGUACAGAAAAACUACUAAAAAGAUCAUUGAUGGUGUCACACCGAGAAGAAAUGCUUAUAAAAUUAAAGGUAGAAAGCUCCAAGAGUCAACAAACAGCUCACUUACAGUGGAAAACUCAACUACAAUGGGUGUGGAAGAACGACUUAAUUUUCGUUCAGAUAACAAUAUUACGAGAACAAGGAAACAUUUACCUGGACAUCAUGUUGCUGAAUCAACAGAAAAUACAAACGGAAGCCAGGAAGUUCAGGGAGCAAUAGAAAAACCCUUAUGUGAGAAUGGUUUGUGUAAUUCUACUCAAAACAUUAAAGAGUCCACUGAAUCUUCCAUCCUGUCUAUCAUUAAGACCACUUCAGAAAUCCCAAGCAUUGAAACAAUCAUGACCACCUUAGAUAUGAUAGUACCGACAACAACUAAAAAAGUCAACGUACCAAAGUCAACACAGGAUGACAAAAAUAAAGAUGUUUAUACAGUGAGUUCUACAACUACUCAAGCUACCAAAAACGUUAAGUCUAUAAAUUCAAAGGCAACUAAAUCUGUGUUAAUAAGUCUGUUGAAGACAUCAUCGGAACGAUCGACUCGAUCACAAGUAUCGACUACUACUUCACGAAUAACUCCCCAGAUUACAGAUAUGCAGUUCCCAACUGAGAUAGACUUCGUGUUAUUCUGCACAGAUAUUGAUUCUAAAGUAUGCCCGAAGACGUUAGAUCCUCUCUGUGGUACAGACAAUCAAUUCUAUCUGAAUCUUUGCACAUUUAACAAAUCCAAAUGUAAAGACAAAACAUUGAUGCUGCGAGAUGAUUUGAGUUCUUGUCGACAGAUUAAACAAUAAUGAAAGGAAUGUCCUUAUCCACCGUGAUCCCACCGUGACGUGUUCCUAUACAUUGUGUUAUACAGGCGUAUUGUUGAUCUUGCCAAAUUGUCAUUUUCUGGACAGCAUAAUAUUUAUCGUUAUUGAGAUUAUCACUGUUACGUUUGAAUUAUUUCAAAUUGUUAUUCGUAUACAUUUCAGAAAGUUUAAACUCAUUUAUAAUACAUACAUGUACAUGAUUUGCAACAUAAAUUGAUCAUCUUUAACAAAAUAAAUGAAUGUAUGGUUAGAUAAAAUUGUCAUUGUUUUUAAAUUCAUUUGAAACAUGUUUUACAAUUUCAUGUAGAUAGUUUUACUUAUGUAUUUAUGUGUUUUAUGCAGAUAAAGUUCUUCAUUUUGCCAUUCAAGUUGCAUAUCAUGUAUCUUGUCAAAUAAUAACUGACAAGUUAUCUCCCUUGUUAUAUGUAAUUGUCUCCUCGAUCUUGUAAAAGUUUCCAUUUGCUUUAUUUAAUCGGAAACAUCUAAAGAUUUGAAUUACUGAUUCGAACUGGCAGGUUAUAAAUAAUAUGGCCAUAUCAAAAAGGAAAUAACGCUUUUUUGGACCAAUCGGGUUUAAAGCUGUUCA